AUGUCUCAUGAAGUGUCUUCUCUCCCAUCUUCCCAAUUGAGUAUAAUUGCUGAUCUAUCAUCAUCGUCUUUCAAUUUUAAAAAGCUCUACAAACAGCUUUCAAAUGAAUUACUCCCUAACUACGAUCAUCAUUAUUGGCACUUCGGUGGCCUUCGAUCCUUUACAAUCCCAUUCCAAUCGGGUCAGGAUGAAACAAUUAUUGAUGAUUAUACGACAAAAUUAAAACUAUUACAAAAUUAUUUGUCUCUCUUCCCUCCAUUUUGGAUUUCAUAUAGAAAAUGUCAACAACAACAACUUCUAUCAUCAUCGUUAUCGCCCGAGGUUAUCAAAAAGAAUCUUAAGUUAGGAAAAUUCUAUACGAAUAACACAUUUCAAAUAGAAUACACAGCAGGUGCACUUGUUCAACUAGAUAGAUAUGUUUAUGAUGUAGAAACAGAAAUAAAGGAUGGGUGGCGUUUAGUUUUCUACCACGAUAGAAUUGAUAUUGAUUACGGUUGUAAAGACAAUAGAUUAAGAAAAACACUGAAAGCUGAAAUGAUAGAUAAAUGUGUUGUUAUAAUGACCGAACAAAAUAGAAUAACUCUUUUUAUUAAUAUGAAUGGAAAUCUAGUGGACUAUAAAAGUUUACACGACGACAAGACUAUAAAUCUAGAACAGGAUUCUUCAUUACAAAGAAACACUAACUCGGCAGCUUCAUUCAUACGUAUGGCACCACGAGAGUCACAAACAUUUUAUUCGACAAUUCGUCUUGUUAUUUCAUUAUCAAAUGAUAAUAUUGAUCAAGAAAAUCAUACGGGAAAUUCAAAACAAGCUUUACAUUGUUGUUAUCAACGUUUUGAAGAAUUUUUUCUUCGUAACCAUAUUCAUGAUUGUAUCGGAAUUAUUCAAAGUAUACCAUCAAUCAAAGAAGUUUCGUCAACAAUGUCAUCAUUUAUGAAUAAUUAUUCAAUGUCAUUUAUUAAACUAUAUUGUUGGCAAAUGUUACUAUCAAUUGGUUUUCGUUUUCAACAAAGAUUAACUGACAAUUUUAUUCAAGAAUUGAAUCGUAUUGAGGAUGAUGAUGAAUUUUACCAGGCAUCCCUUCAUUUAUGGCGUCGUUCACAUGAAUAUUAUUUUAUUGAUUUAUUUGCUGAAUUAAACCGUUACAGACAGAAAAUCGAUUAUUUAGCAAUGACAUCGUCUCAUACGAAUUAUUAUCAACAAGAAUUUAAAAAAGAAGAACAUGAACAAGAACGCUGGAGUUUAAAUAAUCCACCACGUAAUUAUGCAUACGUUCCAUCGGUGACACUAACACCAACAACUAUCUGUGUUAAGCCAUUUAAAUUAGUAAAAACCAAUCGAGUAUUGCGCGAACGGCAAUUCGGUGGAAAUCUUAUGUUUGCGCUUGUCGAUGUAAAAGAUGAAAAUGGUACUAUGGAUCUAUUUCCACAUGAUUAUCGAGCUUUACGUUGGAAAAUUGAAAUGCUCCUUGAAUCGGGUUUUGACUUAGGCAAAACGGGUCGAACAUAUCGCUAUCUACAUCAUUCACAAUCACAAUUAAAAGAUAAACAAUUUUGGUUCUAUCAUCAUGAUAAAAAGAUAAACCUGUCAUUUGAAGAUGCAUUUAAUUGGAUGGGAGAUUUUCAAGAUGAAAAAAUUGUUGCUAAACAUGCAGCACGUAUUGCACAAUGUUUUACAAGUGCAGAAGAAACUAUUCAGAUUCCAUCAAAACAAGUUGAAUAUAUUGAAGAUAUUCAUACUGAUGAUCGUAAAUAUAAUUUUACCGAUGGCGUUGGAACAAUGUCAACAAUCAUACGUGAUCAAAUCAAUCCACAUCGACAAUUUUCAGCUAUUCAAAUUCGUUAUGGUGGAUGUAAAGGUGUAAUAUCUGUCAAUCCAGAUUUAGACACUGCUUCUCAUCAGCUACGUAUUCGUAAGUCGAUGAGAAAAUUUAAUUGUUCACAUGAUAUUCUUGAAUUAUGCCGAAUAUCUAAACCUCGACCACUCUAUUUGAAUCGACAAAUAAUCGUUUUACUUUCUCACCGUUCAAUCGACGAUCGUACAUUUAUCUUACUUCAAAACGAACAUCAACAUAUGCUAUCUGAAUCACUUGUUUAUCCUCCACGUGCGUACGAAUUAUUAAAUGAAAAAUUAAGCCGAAAUUUAUUUCCAUUACGUGCACUCAUCCACGAUGCACAACUAAAUUUAAUUCAAGAACCAUUUUUUUGUCAAUUAUUAAUUACGAUCGGUAAAUUUGAAUUAGCACAAAUGCGAGAACGUACACGUUUAAAAUUGCCGAAGAAUUUGGCGAGAAAUAUGAUUGGCAUUGUUGAUGAAUACGGAGUUCUAGAAUACGGACAAGUUUUUAUUCAAUACACAGAAUUAACUGAUGAUUAUAUGAGUAAUAAUAGUGAAUCAGAAAAAGCAACUAUACUUGAACAACAAGUCGUCGUAACAAAAAACCCAUGCCAUCAUCCAGGCGACGUGCGAGUUUUUAAGGCUGUCGAUGUACCUGAGUUAAGACAUUUAAAAGAUGUCAUUGUUUUCCCACAACGUGGAAAACGGCCUCAUCCGAAUGAAAUCUCUGGUUCUGAUCUUGAUGGUGAUGAAUAUGCUGUUAUAUGGCAUCCAGCAUUCAUUCCUCAGACACCCAAUGACAUUCCGUAUGACUAUGAUUCACACAUCCCAAUGAAACGUAUUACUGAUCGCCCUAUCAAUCGUUUGGAUAUUCAAUCAACUGUAUUAGACAUAAGUGAACAAUCAUGUGUCGGUAAAUUGUGCUCACUUCAUUUAGCUAAUAUGGAUCUUUAUGGUGUUGCACAUCCAAAAACAUUAGCUAUCGCAGGAUAUAUAGCUGAAGAACUAGAUGCACCCAAAACAGGACAACAUCCAUUGGCACCAAAACAAAUUAUGGAAUUACAAGCUGAACUAGGGAAUGAACGACCAGAUUAUUUUGAUAAAUCAUAUUAUAAAUCAUAUCCGUCGAAACAUGUACUUGGUCAAUUGUAUCGUUCAUGUCUUCGUUUUGAACCGAACUGGAUAGCAGUUCAAACACCACCAACAACUGUAUAUGCAUCUCCUAUAGAUCAAUUACUUAUUCAUGAUUUGCAUACUGAACAUACAUCAUCAGUUCAAGAAUUAGCUCGUAUAUAUCGUGAAGCUAUAAUGGAUAUAAUGUACGUUUAUCGUUAUUCGUCUGAUGUGGAUUUACUUUGCCGAUAUGAUUCAACAUCAUCAAAAUAUAACGCUCCCUUAACGAAACAACAAACUGAAUCGACGUGUCUUGUUGCCGAUUCAGCACAAGUUGAAUUUAAACAAUUAAUGCAUCGUAUACGUCGGCUAUUCUAUGAAGAUGUGAGUACUUGUGAUAAAUCAAAUUUACGUCGUUGUUAUCGAACUUGUACACAAUGUGCUGAUAGAAAAAUGGCUAAAGCAAGUGCGUUGUAUAUAUUCUGUUAUACAGAUGUAAGCCAUGCAAGACGAAUUUUAAGCUUACCAUGGUUAUUCGCACCACUGCUCAUUGAAACACGAAAAUUAAAUAUAAAAAAACAAACAAAAUUAUUUUCUCCUGCAUAUGUCGCACAAAUGCUUGAGAUUCAACCAUAUCGUAUAAUUGGUCAAGCUUUACAACAAGCAGUUCAAUAUCUUAUUGAUACAAAUGUACCUUUACAUUUUCAUAAUAUCUAUUCACCGGAGACACCAAAUACAAUUACAGUUUCUCUCCGACCGACCAUAGCAGCCAAACGUCUCGUUCUUAAACGUCAAAUAUCUUUACUUGAUUAUCUAAUAAUCGAAAUUCUUCAUCAUUAUGUGCACAGUUCAUUGUCAACAAAAAGUUCGUCCAUAACUGAAUCGAAGCCAACACUUUUGGAGUCGGUCUGGCAACAUAUUUUAACAUAUUUUAUUAUAAAUGAAUGUUCACCAUUAGCACUUUCAACAGCAACAAAUACAACGAAUUCAUCUAUAUCAUCAUUAAUAAAAGAUUUUAGUUUCUGGUCGGAUGAACAAGCGUACACAACAUUGCAACGAUUUAUUAAAAUUAGUGCUCAAUGUGCUGAUCAUGGACCAGAACCAACGAAAUAUGCACACGCAAAUGAAUAUUUAAUUUCGGUACUUCAAAAAAUGGCUACAACUGGCUUUCUAUUUCCAAUGUAA